GAGAAGGGAGGAGGGAGCGUGGAGCCCCGGCGCCGUGGCCGGCUCGGCCUGCCCUUUGUGCCCGCAGCCCGCGCCCCGCGCGGAUGGCCGCCGUGCCGGGCUCCCCGGCGGCGCGCGCCCGCCCGCGGACCUGACCCCGCGCGCCUGGGAUGCGCCGGGAAUGCGCGUCCUCCGGGCCUGCGGCUCCUCCCGGCCGGGCGCGGGGCGAUGGAGCUGAGCAUGAAGAAGUUCACGGUGCGCAGGUUCUUCUCCGUGUACCUGCGCAGGAAGUCGCGCUCCAAGAGCUCCAGCCUCAGCCGACUCGAGGAGGAAGGCACCGUCAAGGAAAUUGACAUCAGCCACCAUGUGAAGGAAGGGUUUGAAAAGGCCGACCCUUCCCAGUUUGAACUGCUGAAGGUCCUAGGACAAGGAUCCUACGGAAAGGUGUUCCUGGUGAGGAAGGCCAAGGGGUCCGACGCGGGACAGCUCUACGCAAUGAAAGUCCUCAAGAAAGCCACCUUGAAAGUUCGUGACCGAGUCCGAUCGAAGAUGGAGAGAGACAUUCUGGCAGAAGUGAAUCACCCUUUCAUUGUAAAGCUUCAUUAAGCCUUUCAGACAGAAGGAAAGCUCUACCUGAUACUGGACUUCCUGCGAGGAGGUGACCUCUUCAGCCGACUCUCGAAAGAGGUGAUGUUCACGGAGGAGGACGUCAAGUUCUACCUGGCUGAGCUGGCCUUGGCCUUAGACCACCUGCACGGCCUGGGGAUCAUCUACAGGGACCUGAAGCCCGAGAACAUCCUGCUGGACGAAGAGGGACACAUUAAGAUCACAGACUUCGGGCUGAGCAAGGAGGCCAUCGACCACGACAAGAGGGCUUACUCCUUCUGCGGGACCAUAGAGUACAUGGCGCCCGAGGUGGUGAACCGGCGGGGACACACGCAGAGCGCCGACUGGUGGUCCUUCGGCGUGCUCAUGUUUGAGAUGCUCACAGGAUCUCUGCCGUUCCAGGGGAAGGACAGGAAGGAGACCAUGGCCCUCAUCCUCAAAGCCAAGCUGGGCAUGCCGCAGUUCCUCAGCGUGGAAGCCCAGAGCCUGCUGAGAGCCCUCUUCAAACGGAACCCGUGCAACCGUCUGGGUGCUGGCCUCGACGGGGUGAAGGAGAUCAAGCGGCAUCCCUUCUUCGUGACCAUAGACUGGAAUAAGCUGUACAGGAAGGAGAUCAAGCCGCCAUUCAAGCCCGCGGUGGGCAGGCCUGAGGACACAUUCCACUUCGACCCCGAGUUCACCGCCCGGACGCCCACAGAUUCACCCGGCAUUCCCCCCAGCGCCAACGCACAUCAUCUGUUUCGAGGAUUCAGCUUUGUAGCCUCAAGUCUGGUCCAGGAGCCCUCGCCGCAGGAUCUUCUGCACAAAGCCACGGUCCACCCCAUCGUGCAGCAGUUACACGGGAACAACUUACACUUCACCGACGGCUACGACAUCAAGGAGGACAUUGGCGUGGGCUCCUACUCCGUGUGCAAGCGGUGUGUGCAUAAAGCGACUGAGGCAGAGUAUGCCGUGAAGAUCAUCGACAAGAGUAAGAGAGACCCCUCGGAAGAGAUCGAGAUUCUCCUGAGAUACGGACAGCAUCCGAACAUCAUCACGCUCAAAGACGUCUACGACGACGGCAAGUUCGUGUACCUGGUAACGGAGCUGAUGCGCGGCGGGGAGCUCCUGGACCGCAUCCUGCGGCAGCGGUGCUUCUCGGAGCGGGAGGCCAGCGACGUGCUGUGGACCCUCACCAAGACCAUGGACUACCUGCACUCCCAGGGGGUCGUUCACCGAGACCUGAAGCCGAGUAACAUACUGUAUAUGGAUGAGUCCGGAAACCCUGAGUCCAUCCGAAUCUGUGACUUCGGGUUCGCCAAGCAACUUCGGGCAGAGAACGGGCUGCUGAUGACGCCGUGCUACACAGCAAACUUCGUGGCCCCGGAGGUCCUGAAGCGACAAGGCUAUGAUGCGGCGUGUGACAUCUGGAGCCUGGGGACCCUGCUGUACACCAUGCUGGCGGGAUUUACCCCUUUUGCAAACGGGCCCGAUGAUACUCCUGAGGAGAUUCUGACGAGGAUCGGAAGUGGGAAGUAUGCCCUUUCUGGGGGGAACUGGGACUCCAUCUCCGAUGCGGCAAAGGACGUCGUAUCCAAGAUGCUGCACGUGGACCCUCACCAGCGCCUGACGGCAGUUCAAGUUCUAAAACACCCAUGGGUCGUGAACAGAGAGUACCUGUCCCAAAACCAGCUCAGCCGACAGGACGUCCACUUGGUGAAGGGAGCCAUGGCCGCCACCUACCUUGCCCUGAACAGAACUCCGCAGGCCCCGCGGCUGGAGCCGGUGCUGUCGUCCAGCCUGGCUCAGCGCAGGGGCAUGAAGAGACUCACGUCCACGAGGCUGUAGCGCUCGGCCCACUCCCGUCACGGGCGCUGCCGGAGUGACCCCAGCCCGGCCCCGGGGCCCGGGCGCCUCGGCGCAUUCCACGUCCUCUCGUUCAGCCUGGAUCGGAUCCGGACCCAUGGCCUCCCCAGCCUCACCGCGCCAGCCUCCCGCCUCCUUGCCCCGAGCAAAGCCAGACGGACGCAUUUCACCCACCGCUCACCGCCCUGCUGAACGCCUGUAGGGCUUUUACGAUCACGGCUUAUAUUUAUAGAGAGAGAUAUUUUUUUUUUCCAAUUAUAGAGCCAGUGACUUGGCCGGAUCCCGACGCCUGCGUCCUCGUUAUUAGCGCGAGAGGGCGCACUGGCUGCUUCCCCUGUCGCCAGAAGGAUGGGUCAGCACGUGGCACCCAGGACUAGGCGCCGGGUCCCCUCCAGAUGAUCCAAAGAGCCCCCAUCCCAUCGCCCCCUCGUUUCUGACUGAGGUGCUGGGCGACCUCUCGGGGUCGCAGACCCGAAUUGGGGAGAGCCUGGCCCAGAACCGGCGAGCGGUGUCUGCCUUGGAGGCCUCUUUUCACGAGAACAGCACGUGUCCCUGGGGAGGAGCCAGCUACAGCCUGAGCCCCCCCACACCGGCCUGUGUCCUUGUCCCCCCAGGGCUGGCUGGCCGGCCGGGGCUGCAGGGCUGGGGUCCACGCUCCCACCCAGAGCUUUGGAGAGGGAGCUCUGGGCCCGACGGCUGGCGGCGGCCCUCCACCAGCCCCCCGUGCUCUCCCAAAGCAGUGGUUCCUCUGCGUCUGUUUUUCCCUUUCUGGGCCACGGGAGACCCCUGCCCCGCUCCCCGAGCACUGGCAGCCCUGAGCUCUAGGGAGGAGGCUGGGAGGGCACCGGGGGUGCCCGGCUGGUGGGGGGCAGCCAUGCACUUUGUGGAAGCCGUGAUUUUGUGUUGCGUCUGUGUUUCCAUUCUUCAGUGACAUUUACUGUUCCCCUUGGGUGCGUGUGCACAGGGGCGGGCGGGGAGGGGAGUUGAGCGCAGGGCUGAGCACUGUGUGCGUUUCUUGUCAGUAAAACAGGACAGGCUGGGCGCCACCGCCCAGGCCGCAGGGGAGAGUGUGUGCCCCUGGGCCGGCCCGGGACUCCCCGGGGUCCCCGCGGGGUCGGGGGGCCGGGUCCUCAGCCGGGUCUCACGCAGAAGGCGGAUUUCCUGGUUCCCUUCACCCCCCAUCUCAGCUGGCUACGCAAGAGCCCGUGCUGCGUUCUGGACGCGACCACUUACCUUGGUCCAAUUGUUUUCACACCUUCCCGUGUAAAGGUGUUGCAGAAGCUUCCAUUAUUCCGUGAGCCCUUCUUUCCCUCCGAAACCACAUGACGCGCAGGGCGGGGACAGGCUCACCUACGUGAGCCUCAUUAGACAUCUGUCCUGUUUUCCCAGUAGGAAACGCUCUUCCCCCAAGGCUAAAAAGACUUGACCCACAAUAGUUUCGUUUCAGGUCUGAAUCAUGUUAUUGAUUAUUAGGAACUUAGGAAAAACCUUUAGGUCGCAGGGCUGCCCUCCAGGAAGGGACAGAGUCAUCACGCCUCCUGUCUGCUGCACGAGGUUUGCGGCUCGCUGGUCCGCUCGCUGGGAGUCGCGUGAUGGAUGCGGCCCGAGGGGGAGCGGGAGGGGGGGCCGCUCCUGCGCCUCCUCCCUCUCAGGGCCGCCAUGCACACGGCCCCCCGUCCUCACUGAGGGCCGCAGAGGGACCCGGGUUCACCCCGCCCAGGCUGUGCCCCGAGCAGACAGCGGAUGGGCGCCUGCCCUGUUCAGCUGCUACCUGAAUGGCUGCCACGUGCCUCUGCUCGCUCAGCUUGUCCAGAACAAGGCGGCACUUGAACCCUCGGGCCGAAAGUCAGCCUGGAGGAGUCAACGUGAUAUUUUCAACUUCACUUCCGAGCCUUGUGUCAACAGCCAGCGGCUGUGGUUUACAAGCGGCAGUCGUACCUGAAGGAAGGUAUUUGAUCUCGUGUCCCCUGUGCGGUUCGCCCCCCGCCCAUAACGGCGGCUCCGCGGGCUUCGCACAGGAGGUGAGAUCGCACAGAACGAAACAGCCGCCCCCCCCGCCCCCGGAAUGUAGAGUCCUAGCCUCUCUGGAUCUCAAAACCACAGACUUUGUCGUCAGAAAACCUCGCCGGCCGCCGCGGCCCUGCCCGCUGCGGUUUCCUCCCACCUGGAGGCCCCCCCCCAUUUGACAGAAACACCUGACUCACCCCCCUCACCUCCACCACCCACCCACUGCAAGGCCUCCGCCAGAUGCCACCCCUAAGACAAAUUCGGGCAAGAGUGAGAUGUCCCCUGCAUCCUUGGGUCAGAUUGUCCGUGACCUUAAUCUCACUCUGUGUGUGUGUGUGUGUGUGUGUGUGUGUGUGUGUGUGUCUGCUUGGAGGAGGGUCCAGCGUUGGAAGUCAUAACAGUACUUCAUGUCGGCCAGUGUUGUUCAUUAAAUGGUGUUCUUCCCAAAGCCGCACGUCGGGAUUUUUGCCUCGCGCCUCAUGGGGUCCCUCCAGCACACGGUGACCUGAGCUGCACUCGGUCUUUCGCUCCAAGCGGCUCUGUUGCCCUUCACCUCUGCAAGAGUCCUUAAAGUUCCAGAACAGAAGGGCGCCGCAGGUCCCCGCGGCGAGGAGCAGGUGGCUUCGCAGAGCCCGGGGUCACCGGAGGACAGGAGCACGCUCCCCACCCCACCCCCGACUCGGCACUUUGUUUACAAGCCCGGAGGGUGUGUACAGGCCAUUCUCAUGUUCACGCUUUGUACUUUUACGUUUGAGACGGGCGGCCACUCUACAGAUAUUUAUUACGCUUUCCAGACUUUCUGAAUAGAUUUUUUUGAAUAAACAUGAGUUUUAUGAA